AUGACAAAGGUACUGGGAGCCUAUCCUGAUAAUAAUAAGAGCCCACCUCAACUGAACGAAUGGAGAGUCUUGUCGAGUGGGAGCAUUGUUGGAACUGUAACGGGACAUCCCAGUAUAAGUGAUGGCGAUGUGAUUACCACUAGCCCCAUUCAAGAUCCUGAUGCCGCAGCGGAACACGCCCUGGUUCAAACUGCCAGUGGGACCACCUAUCAGCUCUUGGAACCAAUGGAACAAGAUGGAACUUCAACAAAAUCCAAUGUCAAUUCACUGGUCAUGGGAUCAGCAGCCUUUCAAGAAGCUGCGUCGAAAUUGAAUUUGAAUAUGCGAGCCGUUGGAAUCACGCAACAAUACUAUUUGUCAGGAGAACCAACGCCGAGUACUUCGGGCAAAUCAAGAAUAUGGGAGGCCUACCGGGCCGAUAUGGACGGUGUCCCUGCCGAACCACCACUGUGCGUCAAAAUAUCAACCAAUAUAGAAGCCGUAUCUAGAGAAUAUGAAAACUACCAACGGCUCGGCUUUGGAGGAUUGUCUAAAGAUCGAUUCGUCAAAUGCUUUGAAUAUCUACCGAUGGCGGGUUAUGAAGAAAAGUUACGAGAGCAAUGUGCACUGGUGCUGGAGAUGGGAUCUCGCGACCUCAAGUCAUUUUUAGAUAGUCGAGGGAGACUACAGGGAAGUGAACUACUGGAAGCCUGCAAGGCGGCUGCUCAGUGCGUACAAGCGGUUCAUUUAGCAGGCUUGGUGUGGACGGACAUCAAGACGGAAAACUUUGUGGUCAUGGCCAAUGGUGAAGUCAAGGGUAUUGAUUUGGAAUCCGCAAUGCCCAAAGGAGGCAACCCUGUAGAUUACUCUCCAGAAGCUUGUCCACCAGAGUUUGCCGUUGCCUUUGAAGAGGGAGAGGCAUCGAAGUUUAUCUUGGAUUAUUCCUAUGAUAUAUGGUCAUUGGGAAUGCUGUACUUGGAAUUGGCCAGUGGAAAGGGUGUCUUUGACCACAAAGACGCCAAUGAAAUCACCAAGCUACUUAAAGGGCUAGACAAGAUCCCAUUGGAUGAUUUGGAGGGUUCCGGUUGCGAUCCCAACUUGCGAGAUCUAAUUGAUCAAUGUCUUCAAAAGGACCCACGAAAUCGACCAUCAAUGUCAAAGUUGAUGGCCCAUCCGUAUCUGACGAGAGUGGCGCCAUCUCCUUUCUUUUUGAGUUAG